GUUGUCAAAUCAAAUCCUCAAAAUAUUGAUGUUAUCAGUUAUGUAGGUAUUGAAUAUUGAAAAAUAUUAAUUGUCCGUAAGAUAUAUGUAUAGUUUCCGUGUUUAAUUACCUUCAACACAAAUAUAUAAGAAUGACACGCCACGCAAGAAAUUGCACAGCAGGAGCGGUUUAUACUUACCACGAAAAGAAGAAAGAUGCUGCAGCAUCAGGGUAUGGCACUCAAAGUGAAAGAGUUGGUAAGGACUCGGUCAAAAGCUUCGAUUGUUGUAGUCUUACCUUACAACCUUGUAGAAAUCCCGUCGUAACUAAAGACGGAUUUUUAUUUGACAAAGAAGCUAUUCUUGAAUACUUAUUAACUAAGAAGAACGAAUAUACACGUAAGUUAAAACAGUAUGAGAAACAAUUAAAGAAAGAGGACGAAGAGAAAAAAGAACUCGCAGAGGCGGAGAAAGAGGCAAAUCUAAUCAAAUUCAUGAACAGGGAGAAAAAUAUAACAAAUAGUAGAUCAAAAUCGGAAGGCCAGUCAUCGAGUUCUAUCUCAAAUCUUGCUAAUGGUAAGAAUAAGCAGCUGCCAAGUUUCUGGGUGCCCUCUCAAUUGCCUGAUGCAAAAAUCUCAAAGUUAAAAAAGCCAGAUCCCACUGUAUAUUGUCCAUUAAGUGAAAAGCCUUUAAAAAUGAAGGAUCUUAUUGAAGUUAAGUGGACAUUAGUAAACGACCCAGAUGAUAAGAAGUCUCUUAUUGCAAAGGAGAACAGAUACAUGUGUCCAGUUACACAUGACAUAUUGAGUAAUGCAGUACCAUGUGCUGUAAUCAGCACAACAGGACAUGUGGUCACAAUGGAAUGUGUUGAAAAAAUAAUAAAGAAAGACUGGCUACAUCCUUUGACAGGGGACAAAUUGAAAGAAAAAGACAUCAUUCCUUUACAGAGGGGAGGCACAGGAUAUGCACUUACAAAUCAGAGUCUGGAAGCUAAAAAUGAAAGGCCAGUGCUACAGGCUUAGUUAAAAAUAGCUAUAAUGCUUAAUUGUUACCUUUGUAAACCUUUUUUUAGAGCUUUAAUGUUGUUACGGUAACAUAUGCUAACAUUUUUUUAAUUUACUGUAUUAUGAUUAAAAAUUAAGUUA